CUUUACCUCAGCUGGAUGUGAGAUUUGUGUGAGAUUUCUGCUCGAGUCGUUGCAUACAACGCAGAAGUUUUAAACGGAAUUAUUACUCAGUUAUUAUAUUACUCAAUAAGCAUAUUACUACAUUAUUUUAAACAUGGGCCAGAAGAAAACUCUUCGCUCUCAGGCCAGGAAAGAUUCUCCGACGGUAAAUGCAGCCAUUAAGAGCGAUAAGAAGGCCGAAAAGAACUCUAUCUUCAGUUGGCUGUUUGUGCUGGCUAUGCUGGGUGUUUGGUUAUCUGUAGGAGUCAUCUGGUUUGACUUGGUUGAUUAUGACAAUGUGGUUGGCACUCUUGGAGGACUGUAUGAUGCCGAUGGUGAUGGAGACUUUGAUGUAGAAGAUGCCAAAGUUUUGUUGGAGAAUGCUACGGUGGUCACUAAAGAGAAACGCUCAAGAAAAGAUAUAUCAGCAGAGGAAGCCAGUGUCCAAGCAGUCCAGUCCAAGCUCACUCAUGAGAGAGCAAAAGAAGUGGGGCCAGAGAAGGAAAGAGAGCAUCCCACCAGAGAUAUCGGGCGAAAGUUGAAAGCAGCUCUGAAGGAGCAGCUACGAAUGAUUCACGAGAAGAUCGAAGCCAAAAAGAUCGCCAAACUAGCCCUUGCUGAGGUCCGUAGUGUUUUGGCCAAAGAGGAGGAGGAGAAACAAGAUGCUCUCGCUGCUAAGAAAACCAAAGAGGAGGCUGAAGCUAAACUCCGAGAGGAACGAGAGCGAAUAGAACAGGAGAGGCUGAGGGCAGAGAAAGCGGAACAAGAGAGACUCCGCAAAGAGAGAUUGGCCAAAGAAAAAGCAAAAAAAGAGAGGGCAGAGAAAGAGAGACUGGAAAAAGAGAAAUUAGUCAAAGAAAAGGCAGAAAAAGAAAGGGCAGAGAAAGAGAGAUUAGCCAAAGAAAAAGCAGAAAAAGAGAGAUUAUCUAAAGAAAAAGCAGAGAAAGAGAGAUUAGCUAAAGAAAAAGCAGAGAAAGAGAGAUUAUCUAAAGAAAAAGCAGAGAAAGAGAGAUUGGAGAAAGAAAAAGCAGAAAAAGAGAGACUAGCCAAAGAAAAAGCAGAAAAAGAGAGAUUGGAAAAAGAAAAGGCAGAAAAAGAGAGAUUGGAGAAAGAAAAAGCAGAAAAAGAGAGAUUGGAAAAAGAAAAAGCAGAAAAAGAGAGAUUAGCUAAAGAAAAGGCAGAAAAAGAGAGAUUAGCUAAAGAAAAGGCAGAAAAAGAGAGAUUAGCUAAAGAAAAGGCAGAAAAAGAGAGAUUGGAGAAAGAAAAGGCAGAAAAAGAGAGAUUAGCUAAAGAAAAGGCAGAAAUAGAGAGAUUAGCUAAAGAAAAAGCAGAAAAAGAGAGAUUGGAAAAAGAAAAGGCAGAAAAAGAGAGAUUGGAAAAAGAAAAAGCAGAAAAAGAGAGAUUAGCUAAAGAAAAGGCAGAAAAAGAGAGAUUAGCCAAAGAAAAGGCAGAAAAAGAGAGAUUGGAAAAAGAAAAGGCAGAAAAAGAGAGAUUGGCUAAAGAAAAGGCAGAAAAAGAGAGAUUGGAGAAAGAAAAAGCAGAGAAAGAGAGAUUAGAAAAAGAGAGACUAGCCAAAGAAAAGGCAGAGAAAGAAAAAGCAGAAAAAGAGAGAUUGGAAAAAGAAAAAGCAGAGAUAGAGAGACUAGCCAAAGAGAAAGCUGAGAAAGAAAGAGUAGCCAAAAACGAGACAGAAAAGGAGAGAUUGGAGAAAGAAAGAUUAGAAAAAGAGAGACUUGCUAAAGAAAAGGCUGUUAAAGAGAGAUUGGAGAAAGAAAAAAUGAAGGAAAAGGAUGAAAAAGGCAAAGAUGUAAAAGAGACAGAAAAAGAGAAGACAGCAAAAGACAAGACAGCAAAAGACAAGACAGCUAAGGAACAUGGACGAAAAUCUGACCAAUCAGAAAACGAGCAGGACACAGCUGAUAAAAAGAGGAAAGAUGAAAAGAUAUCUACCCGCGGUCUUCUGAAAUCCUCCAACAAGAGAAACAGAAAUUGUGAAAUCUAUUCAUCAGAAGAACUAAACACUCAAUUUGAAGCUACAGUUAGUUCGAGUGUGAGUGAGAAAGAACCAAAGUCUGUGUUUUCUAACAAAGAAUUAGACGCAGAAUCUCUUCCUGUUGAAAACAAAGAGUCCACGUCACCUCCUCCACCUGAGACUACACCUGACGAUAAAUCCCCAAGAGAAGAUUCUAGACCUCCAGAUGAAAUUCACCUUCCACCUACAACUCAAACCGAGUCUGAAUCUGUGUCCACACCUGAAUCUGCAUCAGAUUCAGAAUCAACUGAUGAACCCACAGCAGACACUAAAGCAGAGCCUGAUGCCAAAAAGAAGAAACCAAAACUCUUCAAUAAAUUUGACAAAACUAUCAAAUAGGAGAUUAACGCUGCCGAGAAACUGCGCAAGAAGGGAAAAGUUGAGGAGUCUCUUCGUGCUUUUGAAGUUCUUGUUCAGCGGUACCCUCACAGCCCCAGGUGUCGCUACGGCAAAGCCCAGGCUGAAGAUGAUGCGGCGGAGAAAUCGCGCAGUAAUGAGAUGCUGUUAAAGGCAGUGAACACAUAUGGAGAAGCGGCAGAGCUCCCGGACACACCACAUGACCUCAUCAAAGCCACAUUAAAGAGACGUGCCGACAGACAGCAGUUCUUAGGUCGAACAAGAGGAUCUCUGGCUACUUUGGAGAAGCUAUCGCACAUUUUUCCAGAAGACAUAACUGUAAAGAAUGACCUGGGGGUGGCAUACCUGAUUUUCGGGGACAACAAGAGUGCAAAGCGAGUUUACGAGGAGGUUUUAUCUGCUGCUCCACAUGACGGAUUUGCUAAAGUGCACUAUGGCUUCAUACUGAAAUCCGAAAAUAAGAUUGAGGAGAGCAUACCUUACCUGCGGGAGGGUUUGGAAUCUGGAGAUCCAGGUACUGAUGAUGGAAGGUUUUACUUUCACCUGGGCGAUGCGUUACAGCGGAUGGGAGACAAGAGUGCGUAUGACUGGUACGAGGCGGGCCAUCGGCGGGGUCACUUCUCAUCUGUAUGGCAGAGGUCUCUGUAUAAUGUCCCAGGACUCCGUGCUCAGCCCUGGUGGACGGCUAAAGAGACUGGAUACACAGAUUUAGUCAAAACGUUGGAGCGUAACUGGAUGACCAUCAGAGAUGAAGUUCUGUCAGUGUUAGACAGAAACAGCGGGCAAUUCCAACCAGAAGAUGAAAAUCUGAGAGAGAAAGGAGACUGGGGACAGUUUACUCUCUGGCAGCAGGGUCGAAAGGUUCCUUCUUCAUGUGCGAGUGUCUCUAAAACCUGCGCUCUGCUGGAACGCUACCCAGAAGCCACCGGUUGCAAAAGAGGCCAGAUAAAGUUCUCGGUGAUGCAGCCUGGUACUCAUGUUUGGCCUCACACUGGUCCCACUAACUGUCGACUGCGCAUGCAUCUCGGCCUCAUCAUCCCGAAAAAGGGAUGCAGGAUCCGCUGUACAAACCAAACCAGGGAAUGGGAGGAGGGAAAAGUCUUAAUAUUCGACGACUCGUUCGAGCAUGAGGUCUGGCAGGAGGCAGACAGCUACAGACUCAUCUUCAUCGUGGACGUCUGGCACCCCCAACUCACCCAAACACAGAGGCAGACUCUGUCACCCAUAUAGAGCAAUCGUCCAA